AUGCCUGAUGAGCUGCUGCUCAGUUGCAAUUGCCGUGAAUUGAAACAAAAGGGCGACGUCUUCGACUUCCUCUCCAUCUCCAUCUCCUUGCCUCUGGCCAGGGCAUUCUGGAUAUUCCUCGGUCUCUUGGCCCUUCAUCAGGCGGCCUGUCGUUUUGUAGAUGAGGAUCAAACUGUUGCGCCGCCUUGUGUCAGCCAAACAGACACUUGGGGCUCACCCGCACUCAAUGAGUUUCAUCUCUGUGCAAGCAAUGUGACUUACACCAUCACCUGCAGUCCCAAUUUUUACUACGUGAGCAAUAGCACAGUAGCUGGUUGCAUUCCUGCUGCCUUAAUGGAUCCCCAGUGCAUUGAUGUCCAUCUUCAGCCUCCUGUCUGCACCGCCAACAAUCUGUGGAGGAUGCUACGCAGCAACACUCUAACUGGUUUCUAUGUUUGUGAAUCUGUUGAUGCUAAGCCCGAAUUGUACCCAUGUCCCGAUGGUAAAAAGUUCGCCGAGAACGAUGAAUAUUCGGGCUGCUUCGAUUGGGAGAUGUGGCGCAAAGUGAGCGGCUGCAAGACAUAUACGCUUUAA